AUGAGCUAUGCUACUCAGAGGAAUGACUGUUAUAGCAAUUUAAGUGACAUUUUAAAAGAAAAUGGCAAAAUAACUUCCAAAGAUUUGGCAGUAGGAAUAAUCUUCUUGUCUCAGACUAUCAUUGGUGUCAUGGGAAAUUUCUUUCUUCUUUGCCAUUAUAUUUUUGUUUUCCAUCCUGGAAGGAGAUUAAUGUCUACAGAUGUGAUUCUGAAGCACAUUUUCAUAGCCAACUCAUUAGUUCUUCUUUCUAGAGGAGUUCCUCAAACAAUGGGAGCCUUUGGAAUGAAGCAUUUCUUCAAUGAUAUUGUCUGUAAAUGUGUCUCGUAUUUAGAAAGAGUAGGCAGGGGUGUGUCAAUUUGUACCAUCUGCCUCUUGAGUGUCUUCCAAAACAUCAUCAUUAGCCCCAUGAAAUCUUGUUGGAAAGACAUUAAAGGUAAAGCUCAAGACUAUAUGUGCUUCUCCGUUGGCCUGUGCUGGAUCUUAAACAUGGUGGUCAUUUUAAUUAUUCCUCUGUAUUCAUUGUAUUUGUCUGCAGAAGGUUAUGACAGACACAUGACAAAGAAAAUAUACAUAGGAUACUGUUGUGUUGCUGACCAUAGAUUACUCAUGGGCUCAAUCUAUAUAGCAUUAGUAGUUUUUCCUGAAGUUUGUUUUUCUCUGCUUAUAGUCUGGGCCAGUGGUUCUACGAUUUUCACACUUUACAGACACAAGCAAAGGGUCCAACACAUUCAUAUCACUAAUGUUUCCUUAAGAUCUCCUGAGUCCAGAGCCACACAAAGCAUCCUUUUUCUGGUGAUCACCUUCAUAUGUUUUUACACUCUGUCUUCUAUCUUUCGAAUUUCUACAACUGUGGUUAAUGAUCGCAAUUCAUUGUUGGCUGAACCCAACACAUCUUCAAGAACCCCAGUGAACUGCCCCAUACCUCCCCCACCAGCACACAAGGCAGGAGGAGCCCCAGACAACUUCUUGGGCCUCAGUGGCCACCCCCGUACCCUCACAGAAGCCGGGCUGUACCCCAGAUAUCUUCAGGCAGUGCACCUCACCCAACAGCGUGCAAGGCAGACAAACCCCCAAGACCUUCUGGGACCUCAGUGGCCACUCCUGGCACCCCCUCCAUCCCCACAUGAGCCGGGCAGAACCCCAGACAUCUUCAGGAACCCCAGUGAACUGCCUCUGUGCCUCCUACACCAGUGUGCAAGGCAGGCAGAGCACUGGACACCUUUUGGGGCCUUGGUGGCCAUACCCUGCACCCCCUGCACCCCUGUAGGAGCUGAGCUGAAACCUGAACAACAUCAGUUCUGUGGUGUGACUGCACACUCACACCUUCCCACUGUCAUGGGAACCAGGCUGGGUCUUCAUCAAAGUCUGAAGCCUCAGUGA